CCCCUGCCACUGCUCGUCCCCCUACCCCUGCCGUUCUCCAUCCCUCUCCUCCUCCUUUUACCCCUCCCCCUAUCUCCCCUCUCUCCUCUCCUUCCACUGCUAAUUUUCCUACCCUCCCACUUUUCGACUUUUCCCUCCCCCGAGCCCCUCCAAUCCUUCAGAUCCCUCCCCGCUUCAAGAACUUCUCCCAAUCCUCUUCCGCCACCUCCCCGAACAACACCACCAUUGUUAACACCCCGCCCACCUCACAUAGCAUUACCGUUCCUGCCUCUUACUUUUCGCUACCCUCAUCACCAUUGCCCGCUAUAACUUCACCAUCCAACACUAGUCCUCUCAGUUACGAAAUCCCUUGCUGCUUCACUAACCUGCUCAGCAGCAACAGUAGUGAGUUCCACAAGGAAAUGGAGAGAGAGAAUGAGAAACUGUGUUUGCUUCUCGCUUCCGUGACGCAGACAGAUCACCUCCCUUUUGCCCAAUUGUUGUCACCAACAUCUCUGAAUUGGAAUUCUGCAUCUAGCAGCGUUCCUACUACUACUACCAACACCACUGCUAUGCCUGCUAAGAUUGGUAGAACAAGAAUAAGAAGAAUGAAAAACGUUACAACUUCUGGCAAGGGUAAGAGAAAUAGCAUAGGAUUUGGUGCAACUGAAAGUAGCAGGAUGGGAUUAUUACAAGACGAUCUCUUGCAAGAGUUUAAGGCAGCUUUGGAAGUGAAUGAAAAGGAUACUUCGACCGAGCAGAGUCAUUUGGUUUUUCAGGAUGCUCAGCAGAAGCCAAAGGAGCUCAUGUUCGAAGAUUUCUGCGGAAUACAAUAUUCGGAUCUUUCCAGCUCUCUAUCUUUGUCUUCAGAGUUGACGCCAACAGAUGGUGAAGUAGCAGAGCAAUUAAACAGUAGCAUGACUGAUGAUUUGACCAAGCUGCUCGACAUUUUCCCUUCUUCUCCCUUGCAGCUCUCUGAUCUGUAUACCGAUGACAUCUCCAAUGGGCAAACUUCGGUCAUAAUUGAUGAUAAUAACAUGGAUAUCGAUAUGCAGCAGCAGAUAGCUUUAUUGUUUCCCACCACAGCCACAGACCAAGGCGGCAGAGCCGUUGGAACUGGCUCUUGGGACAGCUUGCCUGGGAUUUACUGACAGACAGCUUGAAGAAAGAAAAGGAAGCAUCAUGGGCUUGGAAUUAAUUAUUUCGGUUAUUAAAUUCUACUAAUAUUAAUUUCUAAUUUGUAUGGAUGGUGGUAGAGUUUACCUUUUCCACUUAGCUUUUGAUCAGUAUUAACUGGAAAUAAAAUUGCAAUCAGGUGAAAUGGAUCAGGUAAAGAAAAGCUGCUUCAUCUUCCAAGUUACUCUGAAAAGUGUGAUAGUUUCCAUUUCCAAGGGACACCCAAUGAUCCUGAUCAAUUCUCCAUUGAAAGAUCUCACAAUCUAGUGUUUGGAGAUCUAGGGAAGGGAGGGGAGCUACACCUUAGCUGGAUCUGUUAGAGGAGUUAGAAAUAGGUCAGUCGCAUCUUGUGCCGUUGGGGGUGAACUUAGGAACUCGUAUUGAGCUACAUUUUCAAUGGUUUCCUUGCAAGGAGAAAAAAUUAGUGCACUAAGAGUUGUGUUUUGUGAACUCCAAACAGCAUGCCGCGUGCUAUCAAUUCUAUGCAUUUCUUUACGGUACGAUGCAGGACGCCGGCGCAUAGAGUUGAUUGGAAGAUAGUUCAGGUGGCAAGCAUGCCCACUUUUUUCAACACAGAUUAGCUUGAUGGCUUGCAACUCGUGAGGAGAGAUAAAAAUAAGAGCUUUGAAAAAUGCAGCAUAACAGCACAAGUACAAUAACAGAGCAGUCCAUGCUCUUGAAUACAGUGAAUUCUAUGAUUCUCUAACAAGUGAAAUAGAGAACGCCUUCUAUAUAAGAAGAAAAAAAAAAGGUAAAGGUCAUGCAUUUGAUAGUCUUUAGUUGCUGCUUUCUGAUGAGUUAAGCAGCAGCAGUGAGCGCAAGAUAUUUCAAG